UCAUCUCCUUUUAUGUCAUUGUCAAAGUCAAAUUAAGAAAUGCAACACCGAAAAGAAAUACCUUUAUAAUACUAUUAUUCAAAGUAAUUUUGUGUUCUUUUAUAACUUAUAAAUCCUGCAUUUACGUUAAGCAAUAAAGAUGUUUAAGCUUCUUAGUCGUCACGGAAGGCGCGGUGCUAUCGUUAACUUGUUUUGUGAAAAAGUUGAGGUUAGGCCGGCAAAGGUUUAUUACGUUUAUUCUUCAGCUGCAUCAGUACGAUUUGCUUCAACUAAUGGCAAUGACGCAAGUAAAAUUCCUACUUUAUCUGAGAGUAUACCAGAACCUCCUCCUGUGCCAGAUCCAAGUACACUAGCAGAGUUAACUGAAACAGUGAAGUCCUUGAGUGCAAAUGGUGAACCCACAUUUGCCAGUCUGGGUCUCGGGGGCUGGUCACCAGUUGGGAUGAUUCAAAACUGCUUGGAAUACUUGCAUGUAUCACUAGAUAUUCCAUGGUGGGGAACUAUACUUAUUGGUACAGUAGUGGUGAGAAUACUUAUGUUUCCACUUGUGAUUAUAUCACAGAGAAAUACGGCUAUAAUGAAUAAUAACUUACCCGAAAUUCAGAUGAUACAAUUGAAGAUGACUCAAGCUCGGCAAUCAGGCAAUCAGUUGGAGACUGCUAGAUAUGCACAGGAAAUGAUGGCUUUUAUGAAGGAGAAAAACUUGAACCCCAUGAAAAAUAUGUUGGUUCCGUUAGCUCAGGCACCUUUGUUUGUUUCAUUCUUCAUGGGACUAAGAGGAAUGGCAAAUUGCCCUGUUGAGAGUAUGUCAUAUGGUGGCUUGUGGUGGUUUACUGAUUUAACAGUACCUGAUCAAUUCUUCAUCUUACCUCUCAUCACAAGUGCAACAAUGUGGGCUACAAUCGAGCUAGGUGUUGAUGGUGCAAAACUAAAUGCCCAGAAUAUGCAAAUGAUGAGAUAUUUUCUCCGAGCAAUCCCAGUUGUAAUGAUUCCUUUCACCAUCAACUUUCCCGGAGCAAUUUUAGUAUACUGGUGUUCAAGUAAUUUUAUUUCUCUUGCACAAGUUGGUUUACUUAAAGUUCCUGCGGUUAGAGAUUACUUCAAAAUCCCAAAGUUACUGGCUCAUAACACUGAAAAUCUGCCAAUGAAAAAGAAAGGAUUUGUUGAAGGAGCAAAGGAUUCUUGGACAAACAUCAAAAUUUCCCGAGAGUUGGCCGAUAGGCAAAGAGCAGAUGAAAUCAUAUUUACAAGGGCUGGCAAAGGACCUCUACAAAAGACAUACAAAUAUGAUCCAACAAAACUGACAAAUGUUCAAGCCAAACCCAAAUAGGUUUACCUACUUAGGUUUAAUUAUAUAAAUAGUAUAGACUUAUUAUUAUUAUGAUUAAUAAAAUAUUGUUUUCAA